AUUAUCGUAUAUAUAUAUAUUGACCGACCGUUACUCAAAAUUCCUGCAUUUUGCGUACAUAGUUUGUCAUUUUGUAAAAUAUUUGUAGUAUCCUAGAAAAAAAUGACAAGGUGGUUAUUGUUGGUGGUGUGCCUUGGCAUAGCUUGUCAAGAUAUCAGAGGUGCCGCUGUUCGAGAAAAUUCCUCGAAAAAAAACAAUUUGACAAAUACGUUAAAUGUGAUUUACGAAUGGAAGUAUCUCGAUUAUGAUUUUGGUAGCGACGAAAGAAGACAAGCUGCGAUUCAAUCUGGAGAAUAUGAUCGUAUGAAAAAUUAUCCUUCCGACGUCGAUCAAUGGCAUGAUAAAACUUUUGUCACCAUGCUAAGAUACGAUGGUGUGCCUUCUUCUUUGAAUGUGGUAUCUGAGAAAACUGGCAACGGUGGACCCCUUCUACAACCUUAUCCCGAUUGGUCGUUUGCCAAGUACGAAGAUUGUUCUGGAAUCGUGAGCGCCCACAAAAUUGCUAUCGAUGAAUACGAGAGAUUGUGGGUUCUGGACUCGGGUCUUGUCAACAAUGAACAAUCCAUAUGCUCCCCGAAACUGCUUGUCUUCGAUCUGAAUACCUCACAAUUGCUUAAACAAGUCGAAAUACCGCAUAAUGUUGCUGUAAAUGCCAUCACAGAAAAAGGAGGAUUAGUAUCUCUAGCUGUUCAAGCUAUGGAUCCUAUAAAUACUAUGGUGUACAUGGCAGACAGAGAAGAUGCUUUAGUCGUCUAUCAAAAUGCCGACGAUUCCUUCCAUCGAUUGUCUUCCCAUAACUCUAGAUCUGAUAAAAUGUCGCACGGAAAUUUAGCCUUGAAAGAGCUAGACAACAGAGUUUUUGGAAUGGCACUUAGUCCCGUGACAAACAAUCUUUAUUACAGUCCUCCUUCUUCUCACAAUUUGAAUUAUGUUAACACAGAAUUAUUAAUGAACUUGCAAAAUCAAGAAAAUAACGUGCACCAUGAAAGAGUCGAAGAUGUUUUCAGUAGUCAAUUAUCCGCUAAAGCAAUAUCGAAAAAUGGCGUAGUCCUUUUUGGACUGAAUAAUACUCUUGCUUGCUGGAACGAACAUCAGUCACUUAACAAACAAAAUAUCGAUGUUGUAGCUCAGAAUGAGACGCUUCAAAUGGUCGUUGGUAUGAAGAUUAAACAAAACCUUCCACAAUCUGGCAGGGUUAAUAAUGCGUCCCAAAGAAAUGAAUAUUUGUUGGCUUUAAGCAACAGAAUCGUGCGAAACGUGCUAAACAAUGAUCUUAACCUCGAACACGUGAACUUCCGAAUUUUGGGCGCUAACGUAAACGACUUGAUACGGAAUACUCGUUGUGCAAAUUCUGACAAUCAGGAUAAUCAUCGUCAACAUAAUCAUAACCGUAAUCAAGCUCAUCAAUUUUCAAAAUCUGACGAUCAGAAUAACAAUCAACACAACAAUCAAGCUCAUCAUUCUUCAAGAUCAGACAAUCAGAAUAACAAUCAACAUAACAAGCAAGCUCAUCAUUCUUCAAGAUCAGACAAUGAAAAUAACAAUCACCAUAACAAUCAAGUUCAUCAUUCUUUAAAAUCACAUUAAACUCUGUUAAUUAAUCUUUUCUCUGUUAAUGUAAAUCAAAUAUUUUUCAAAAUUUCGUUAAUAAUAAAUAAAUAAAGUAAAUAUCAUUUUUCGUAUA